AAGUAAGAAAACUUAGGGAUUCAUUGUUCCGUGACAAAAAUUAAUUUAAUAUUUCUCAUUUCUUAUCUGUGCAACGUCAAAGUCGGCAGCGCACACACUGGUGCACAGGUUCAGCGGUGUGUGACCCAGAGGAACCACAGCUUUGCCAGCAGUUAUGGCAUCAUUUGGUUUGAUUUACACAGUUGCAGUGUGAGUUCAUUUUGGUGAUGAUAUCACAGCUGAGUCGGCAGUGCACUUGUACACAGAAGACACAGAAGACUUUGCUCUUGUCAAAACUGUAUGAGCAAAUGAUUUAAAUCCUCCCUUUGUUCAGGGUUGACUGAUCUGGCAUCAUCACCUCAGGACUCAACCACCAGAGUUAGGGUUGUCCCCCAGAGGCACUUGACACACCUCUUUUCAAAUCAUACUCCUGCCUCCUGCUGUGUUUGUUUCAAUUCUGCGUGGGACAUUUGUGACAUUGUCUGACUGUGUGUGUCUGUCACACAAAAGAUAACUUCCCUCUGCUGUCACAAGGCCUGUGGGUUUCCCCCACUCUAGGACUGAAUAGCACAUCUCAACAUUUAGCCCUGCUGUCGUCGUGGUGCGAGGAGCUUGGUCGCCUCCUCCUGCUGCGUCACCAGAAGAACCGGCAGAACGAACCGCCGGGGAAAGUCCAAAUGCAGCCCAGCAUGAGCAGCAUGAAGCCCGGCCUCACACACAGUGAUGGAUCAUUUCCCUAUGACUCUGUCCCCUGGCAACAAAACACCAACCAGCCCCCUGGUUCAUUGUCUGUGGUUACAACCGUGUGGGGCGUGACCAACACGUCACAGAGUCAGGUUCUGGGAAACCCAAUGGUGAACAGCAAUAACCCCAUGAAUCCUGGAGGUAACCCUAUGGGGUCAGGCAUGUCUAACAGUGCAGCAGGACUCAACUCACCUCAGUUCAGUGCUCAGCAGCAACAGUUCCCAAACAAAGGAGGUUCCAAUCAACAAUACAUGCAGCAGGGCAUGUACGGCAGACCUGGUUAUCCUGGUGGUCCCGGAGGAUACAGCGGAAGUUAUUCUGCGGGCCCCAAUGCUCCACCAGGAGGUAUGGGAAUGACCUCCCACACACGUCCUCCUGGUGACUUCACUCAGCCAGCUGCCGCUGCUGCAGCAGCUGCUGUUGCCGCGGCUGCUGCUACGGCAACGGCCACGGCAACAGCCACGGUAGCGGCUCUGCAGGAAACACAGAACAAAGAUAUCAACCAGUAUGGACAGAUGUGUUCGUCGUUCCAAAUGGGCCCUGCUCAAGCCUACAAUAGUCAGUUCAUGAACCAGCCAGGCCCACGAGGCCCCCCUGGAGGAAUGAAUCCAGCCACCAUGGGAUCGGCAAUGAGCAACCCUAACAUGAGUGGCCCUCCUAUGGGCAUGAGCCAGGCAAGAACUCCAGGCAUGGGGCCUUUUGGAGCUCAUGGCCAGAGGAUGCCACAGCAAGGGUAUCCUGGAGGGCCGCGACAGGCGAUGCCCAUGCAGGGGAUGAAGAGGCCGUAUCCUGGCGAGGCAAGUUACGGGGGUCAGCAAUACGGGCCAAACAGCCAGUUCCCCCCACAGCAGGGGCAGUAUCCCACAUCAAAUGCCUCGAGGCCGCUCCCCUCUCCUAAUUACCCUGGUCAGAGGAUGCCCGGGCAGCAGAGCCAGGGACAGUACCCACCCAGCAUGCCCAUGGGCCAGUAUUACAAGCAAGAGCCUUUCAAUGGUCAGAGCACCAACUUCUCUGGAGGUGGAUACUCCUACGGUCAAGGCAACGGGCCUCCGAGGCCUGGUAACUACCCCCACUCCCCUGUACCUGGUAACCCCACACCCCCCAUGACCCCGGGAAGUAGUAUUCCUCCAUACCUGUCGCCCAACCAGGAUGUGAAACCUCCGUUUCCCCCCGAUAUGAAACCAAAUAUGACGGCACUUCCGCCACCUCCGACUAACCCCAAUGAGGAGCUGAGGCUGACUUUCCCAGUCAGAGAUGGAGUGGUGCUGGAGCCGUUCCGCUUGGAGCACAACCUUGCUGUCAGUAACCACGUCUUCCACCUUCGACCCUCCGUCCAUCAGACCCUCAUGUGGAGGUCAGACCUUGAGCUGCAGUUUAAGUGCUACCACCAUGAAGACAGGCAGAUGAACACCAACUGGCCCGCCUCCGUCCAGGUCAGCGUCAACGCCACGCCCCUCACCAUAGAGCGGGGAGACAACAAAACCUCCCACAAACCCCUGCACCUGAAGCACGUAUGCCAACCUGGAAGAAACACCAUCCAGAUUACAGUCACUGCCUGCUGCUGUUCCCACCUGUUUGUGCUGCAGUUGGUCCACAGACCAUCUGUGCGCUCUGUCCUCCAGGGGCUCCUGAAGAAGAGACUCCUUCCUGCAGAACACUGCAUCACCAAGAUUAAGAGGAACUUCAGCAGUGUGGCGGCCUCGGCAGGAAACACCACGCUCAAUGGGGAAGAUGGUGUGGAGCAGACGGCCAUCAAAGUGUCGCUGAAAUGCCCCAUUACCUUCAGACGCAUCCAGCUACCGGCACGAGGGCAUGACUGCAAGCAUGUCCAGUGUUUCGAUCUGGAGUCGUACUUACAGCUCAACUGUGAGAGGGGGACAUGGAGGUGUCCUGUGUGCAAUAAAACGGCAUUAUUAGAAGGUCUGGAGGUGGACCAGUACAUGUGGGGAAUCCUCAAUGCCAUACAGAAUUCAGAGUUUGAGGAGGUCACUAUAGACCCGACAUGUAGCUGGCGACCCGUCCCCAUAAAGUCUGAGCUACACAUCAAAGAGGACCCUGAUGGACCACUGGCCAAGCGCUUUAAAACCAUGAGCCCCAGUCAGAUGACCAUGCCCAAUGUGAUGGACAUGAUCGCACAGCUAGGACCUGGUCCCGGCCCAGGAUCUGGACCCGGCUCUGGUCCGGGUCCCAGUCCUUACCCAUCGCACCCGGGUCAACAUUCAAGUGGCAACGGCGGAGAUUACCCAGGAGCAGGCAACACUUACCACAGCCAAGGAAGCUUUGACUUCCCUCACGGGAACCCGUCUGGUGGUGGAGCUGUCGGAGGUGGAGGUGGUGGAGGUCCCCCUAUGAGUGACUUCAUCCAUGGGCCUCAGCUCUCGCACCCUCCAGACGGACCUGGUGGACUCCUCUCCCAGGACAAGCCUCUAAGCCACAGCAUGAACGAUGCAAUGUCUCACUCUGAUCAGUCCCAUAACCCCAUGCAGCAGAGCUUGCAUGCAUCUCCGCACCAUGGCAGCCAAGCAGGGCUGCCUUUGCAUCACAGCGGCCAGUCAGGGCCGCCCUUGCAUCACAGUGGUCAGCCAUCGCAGCCGCACCGCCAGCCGCAGCCUCAUCCGCAGCCGCAGCAGCCCGGGCAGAACAGUCACCCGCACGGCGAUCUGAACUUUAACCCCUCCUCAGAUGGGCAGAUGGGUCAGGGAGCCCAGGACAUGCCCGAACCCUCUUUGGAUCUGCUUCCAGAGCUGGCGAACCCAGACGAGUUACUGUCGUACCUGGACCCUCCCGAUCUUCCCACCAACAGCAACGACGACCUUCUCUCCCUCUUUGAGAACAACUAGCCUCUUCUCUCCUUCCACACAAAACCCUCCUGCGCCUGACAGGAGCGGUGACGUGUUUGACUGUCCGUCCACAGACACUUCACCGACACUUCAAGCAGCUUCCCGUGCUCACACCCUCUCUCUCACACACGCACGCGCAAAACACAGACUCGCGGCAGACCGUGUGUGACGUGCAAGCACCUGCGUGUGUGUGUGUGUGUGGGGACUCCCCGACGGGAGAAAACGCAGGAACGCCGUGGCUCGUCCCCAGAUCUCCCUUUCUCUCCUCCUGUAAAGAUUCCACACACCAGUUCCUCCGCCUCUGAACUCCAAACACACCAUUUAUAGCCAUGUUUUUUGGCGGGCACUAAAGUGAUAUUAUAUAUACUGUAUACGUAUAUGAUAUUUGUGACUUUUCUGAACUGAAAACUGUGCAGCUAUAAUCGUCAUGUGUAACAACACUGAGGAGACCGUAGGGUAAGUGUUGUCGCUUUGUUUUGUUUGUUUGUUUGUUGUUUUUUUUAAGUUAUAAUUUUUCUUUUGUGGAACAAAAAAGAAGUGGUAGAGAAAAAACAAUUGUCUCAACAACAACAACAAAAAAAAGUUUUUAUCCUGUUUGAAAUAUGUUCUUCCAAAAUGAUGGCACAUGCCACGCCCUUUGACGCCCAGACUUUAGAGUGUGUGUGUGAGACAGUUGAAUAACUGGAAUCGGUGCACUGACAGGAUAAACUGAAAAUGUCCUUCAGUGUCAGCAGAGGUAAAGGAGUGCACAUCUCGUAGUGUGUGUGUGUGUUUGUGUUUCCUUUUGUCUGCAUGUGAGAGACUGCAGAGGAAAGUUUGUUUCUUCUCCUCCUCCCAGUCUCCAGUUUGUCUUUCUUCUAAUGUUCUCACUUUUCCUCAUCAAAUCCUGCACCGCUUUUCUUCACAAAGUGCAUGUGUGCCAAUGGCUCCCGUUGUCUUAGUCCGGCCUACUCAUGCUUGAUCAAAUCAUCGUCUCUCUCACUCUCUCUCUCUCUCUCGUCUUGAUAUUUAUUGUUUUCUUUCUUUGUUUUUUCUUUUAUACUCUUUUUAAACAUGUUUUAUCUUCUUCCCGCAACGGUUUUAAUCAGAUUUGUGUCACCAAAGUUGUCCUGCCGAACAUUUUGACAUCAGAAUCAUAUGUUUUGAUUGUACCGACUGUCUUCUUUUUCAUUUUUAUUUUUGGAGGGUAAAAAAAACCCCAUCCUGCAUGACCCAACAGUGUUUCCAGAGCUGUUGUAAAUACCCUGUGUGAAUACUUUGUGACUGUACAGCACUGUACCUAUCUAUUACCGCUACUACAUGGUACUGUAUGUCUCAAAAGACGACACUCACACACACACGCACACUCUUACAAUCAGUCCAACAUUGUCAUGAAUGGAUCAAUAUGCACUGUCACUGGACUUGUGUUGAGAACGUGCGUGUGUGUUGUGUACAGUUUUUUUUUUCCAUUACCCUGUGACUAAGCAUUAGCAAAAAAACAAAAAAAAGUGAGCAGGUUGUUUUGGUUCAUUUCAUAAACGCAGCUUGGAUUUUGCAGAUCAGAGGUCCAAAUUUCUCAACAAAAAAAACAAAACAAACAUCAUUAUUUUAUCUGUAAUAUUAUUGGAUUCACAAGUGACAUCGUCCUCUUUAUUUAAAGUGAGAAUGUGCAAAAAUGUGUUUUCCAGGCCUAAUAUUGAGCUUUUUGAUAUCUAUACUUAAAAGAAAAGAAAAUUGUGACUAUGAUUUGUGUAUUUUCAUCACAUUUGUUUCAAGUUUUAAGUUAUUAUGUUUGUUGUUAUUGUUUUUUUUCGUCACAGAUAUGAUUUGGUUUACACAGUUUUAUGCAGUACCGUCAAAGAAUUUAAAAUAUACUGUAUGCUGUAAGUCUACGUGCCCACCCCCCCAUCUGAACCAAAAUAUGGCUUCACUUGUCUUCACAGUUGAUCAAAUCACCACAGUUGAGGGAUCAGAUGUUGUUUGUGUUUGUUUUCAUGUUUGUUAAAGACAAUGCACUGCCGCAUUGGGAGGUUUUCUAUCCCUACAGUGUGUAACCGUAACCCGCUCACGAUAUCACGUGUAGGUGAACCCGAGCGACAUGUUGAACUGUUUGAUAUCAGACGUUAUAGAAAUCAAAGGUGAGGAUUUUGAAAUUUGAAUGCAAUUAAUAAUGUCCUAAUCUAAUAAUCCUCCUACUUCACAUUACAAGGACAAGGGUUGUGGCUGAGGGUCGGGGAUGAAAGGGAAUCGUGUACAUAAUGUAAAUGACAAAUAGAGACUCAUAAACAGAAAUGUAUUCAUUUUUUUUCUCCAGGGGGAAUGUGCAUAGUGUAUUUAGAAUUUGUAAAGCUUGCAUCCUCCUGUCAGACAUUGACUUGGGAAAAUGUGUUUGAUUGCGUCUGUGCAGACCUCUCUAACCACGCCUGUUCAUUUAUGUAAGAUAUUUUAUGUGCCUCUCCGUGUGGGGGGGUUCCAAGAUAAAAGGAAAAAAAAGAUAAAAAAAAAGGACAAUUUUCUUUUGUGUAAUACUUCUGUGUAUUUCUCUAUUACCUGUGUACUUUAUAAAGGUGCUACGAAAUCAUUCAAACCUUUUGAGGUAUAAUUGGAGACAUCGAGCUUUGAGCGGCUCGUAAAAAAAGAAAAAAAGAAAAAGGGUUGUUUCCAAAUUUACAGUUUGUAAGAAAAAAAAUCUUUUGUCAAAUUUAUAAUUUUUAUUCAAUUUGGCAAACAAAACUAUAUAUAUAUAUAUAUAUAUAUAUAUACAUGCUAUAAGGUACAAUCUGAAGUGAUUGGCACAACAGGUGGCAGUUGUCUCUUUGGUUUUGUACAUUCUAUUCACAAUCAUUUCAUAUUCUAAACUGGUCGGAAGAACAUUGUGAUUUUUAGUCUUGCAAAUCUGUAUGUAGUUAGAUGAUGUGACAUCCUAAUAUUUAUCUAAUAAAUAUGUAUUCAGAUGAAACACA